AAAUUGUGUUUACAUGUUCUGCCAGUCGCUUGUACAGCAUUACUUGAAGAAGUACAUAAGUAUACCUACUGCCACAGAAGCUGAAGCUAUUGCCAGAAACUUUGAAGCAAGGUGCCACAUCCCUCAAAUAUUUGGGGCAAUCGACGGUACCCACAUUCCUAUCAUGGCACCAAAGAAAAGAUAUCGUGACUUUGUGAACAGAAAAAUGUGGACAUCAUACAAUGUGCAGGCUGUAGUAGACGACCGAGGGCGAUUUCGCAGUGUUACCUGCAAUGUCCCAGGGGGUACACACGAUGCAUCUGUGUUGAGGCUGUCAUCACUCUUCCAAAGAAGCGAGGAGCUGUUGCCAAGACAAGAAGUCAUGUUGAAUGGCUGUUCAAUCCCACUCAUGCUAUUGGGUGAUCCUGCAUACCCUGGUUUGCCUUGGAUCCUGAAGGGAUACACCUCGUCACAAGGAAGGCUCUCGAAGGAGCAGGAGUCAUUUAAUGUGUACCACAGCAGCGGCCGCAAUGUUGUGGAGCAUGCCUUUGGAAGGCUAAAGGGGCGAUGGAGAAUGCUAUUGAAGCAAGCCGACAUAAAUUACAAAUUUAUGCCGGCAGUCAUAACAGCUGCAUGCAUUUUGCACAAUUUUUGUGAAGAGAGAGGAGAGACAGUGAAUGAUGCAUGGAUUGGCGAUGUUAGGUCAUCUGAGGACGAGCUUUACCAGCAGCCGUCAACCAGACCUCUGCACACAGGCCCUGUUAAUGAAGUGCGAGAUUUCCUAUGGAAUUUCUUGGCCGAGAACUUUCCACUUCGGUCUGCAUCGUGGUGA